AUGGACUUGAUGGAUGUGCGGGGUAAAUAUCAAAUUCCCGAAGGCGAAGCGAAUUAUUUCAUUGAUGAAGUCAAUUUAUAUUUUCGCGGCGUAGAAUAUACUAAAAACCAAAAAAAUCAUUCGGGGAUUGAGGAUUUUUGUGCUUUGGCUCGUCAUUUUAGUAAAAAAGUAUUUUUCAGCUUACAACGAACUCCGCAAUUUGGUAAUGAUUACGACCAAGCUAAAAAGCGUUUAAAUAUUCGGAAUUACAAACUUUUCUUACAAAAAAGGGAUUUUGAAAAUUACGAUACUAAAUUCUUUGGGGCUUUAUUACCAAUUCUGAAUGAAAAAAGAACUAAAAAAAUUAUUCCUCCCGGACAAGUUCCGGUUCCUAAUACUUUAAAAGAUGUGAUUAAACAGGAAUUCUUUACCGUUCAAGAAAAACCAAAGCAAAAUUCUUGA